AUGUCCGCCCUCCACGACACCCGCCCCCGCCCGCCCGCCGCCGCGCCCCUCCGCCUCCUCCUCCUGGAGCGCAAGCCCUCCCACCACCCCGACGGCGCCGCCGCCCCAGCACCCGCACCAGCCGCCGGCGGCGACGCCGCCGCUGCGGCCGCGGAAUCAGCGCCGCCGCCGCCGCCGCCGCCAGAGGGCGCGGACCCCGCCCCUGACGGCCUCGGAUUCAUACCCCGCCGCGAUUUAGGCGGCCUCUCCGCCGCCCUCUCCCCCGGCGGCCCCGCGGACGUGAGGGUCUUUCCCGACGAGCGGCAGCUGCUCGGCGGCUUCUGCGAGGCGGUGCGGCGGCUGGAUGCUGACGUCAUCGUGACGUGGGACGUGCAGAGGGGGGGGCUGGGGUACCUGGCGGAGAGGGCGGCGGGGAUGGGCAUCAACCUGCUGAGGGAAGCUUCCAGGACGCCAGAGCUGUCGAGCAUCAAGGAGAAGCAGGACGACCAGUGGGGCCGCGACCACGCCAGCGGCAUACACUGCACAGGCCGCAUCGUCCUGAACAUGUGGCGCCUCAUGCGGUCAGAGCUAAAGCUGACGUCAUACUCCUUCGAGUCCGUGGUGGCCGCGGUGCUGCGGCUGCGGGUGCCGCACGUGCCGCAGCACCAGAUGGCCGCCUGGUUUGACGGCGGCCACGCAGGCGGGCGGUGGCGCUGCGUGGCGGCGGUGGCUCAGCGUUGCCGGCUGGUGCUGCGCAUGAUGGACACACUGGACCUGGUCGGGCGCACCGCUGAGCUGGCAAGACCUCAACCCGACGCCUCUCCCUGGCUAUCCCUUACCCAACGCCACACACUGUGA